AAGAUACAGCUGAUACAGAAUCUGAGAUGAACUGUGUCUGGGAGAAGAUAGCUACAGGAAUAAUACGUGCAGCUAAUAAGAAUAUUCCUAGAAAAAAGGUUUCUAAAAUAAUCAAUGCAAGAAGAGAAAACAAGUUUAAAAAAUCUUGUUUGCACGAAAAUGUGAUUAGGCUUAGCAAACUAGUGAGAAGUCUAAAGAAGAAAAUUGGGCUUAGAAUCAGGAUAGAUGACAAAGACGAGAUUAACAUGUAA